AUGACUCAUGAGGAUAGAAUUCUCCUUCGCGGAGGCACUGUUGUGAUCCACGAGGGAGACGAUACCGCCAAGGGCAUUCAAGCGGAUGUUCUCGUCUCCGGCAACAAAAUUGAAAAGAUAGCGACAGACAUCGAACCACUCCCCGGAACCGAAGUCAUAGAUUGCUCGAAUAAGAUUGUCGCACCGGGAUUUAUCGAUACACACAGGCAUAUGUACACGAUUGGGCUGAGAGGAAGACACGGAGACGAUCUCUUGGAGGACUAUCUCGUCCGAGGAAUAUUUCAGGCCGCGAGCUUCGAUGCGCAAGAAGUGUUCUGGGGCCAGUUGGCGGGAUGCCUGGAAAGCAUCAACGCAGGGACGACAACUGUGGUUGAUCACAGUCAUCUGAACUAUUCCGAGGAUCAUCCGAGAGCCGCCAUUGCUGCUACGGCCUCGUCCGGCAUACGAUCGGUCUACGGGUAUUGCUUUAACGCGCGUGUGGACUCUUGGUCGCCCUUCAAGACUAAUCCGUCGUUCAUCGCGCCUUGGGCUCUUGACAACUUGAAAAGAAUCUGCCAAUAUGCCCCUUUUGGCAACAACAGAAUCACGCUCGGUGUUGCUUUUGAUGGUUGGUUCCUACCCAAAGACAUGAUCGUUGGUUUGUUCGAUGAGAUUAAGAAAUUGGGAAUACACUAUUGGACCACGCACAACUCGCCUCCUAGAGCUGGAGCGCAAUCGUCUGUACAGAAGAUGGAAGAGUGUGGACUACUAACGCAGGGGGCAAUUCUUUCUCACGCAAACUCGCUCUCAGACCAAGAUAUAGAGCUCAUCAAGAAGAGAAGUGCCCACGUGUCCUCCACACCGUCCCUUGAAUUGCAAAUGGGAAUGGGCACCCCUGCAUGCUUUGAUGCUGAACGCCACUUGGAGUCUCAUUCGUCCUUAGGAAUAGACUGCCACAACGUCACCCUGGCAAGUCUCCCAGCUGAGAUGCGUGUCGCAUUGCAGAGUUCGAGGGGCACAUACAACGAGAAAUUUAUCGUUCGGGGCUUAAAACCGGCGAGAGUCAAUAAGACAGUGCAAGAAGUCUACGCACUGGGAACGGUCGCCGGUGCCAGGGCAAUCAGUAUGGAGGACAAGCUCGGGAGUAUAGCAGAAGGCAAGCUUGCAGAUAUCAUUGUUUUUGACGCUUUAACGCCCAACAUGGUCUGCGGAGCACAGCAGGAUCCAAUCACUGCCAUUGUUAUGCAUUCAACUCCUGCCGAUGUCGUGCUCACGAUGGUUGAUGGCAUCAUAAGGAAGAAAGACGGUCAACUCGAGCCUGUCCACCCCGAAGGAGAUCCCGACUCGAUAUUUCCCAUCUCAUCCUCUCCAAUGAGAUGGAGAGAAGUGGCUGAUAGACUGCUGGAGACGAGAGGUACGCUGAAAGCUAAGGUCGAUCGAAUCGACCUAGUGGAGGCGAAGCAAGGUGCUCUGAAGGCUUUUGGUUACGAUCCGUCUAAGAUUGUGGAUUCGGUGUGA